AUGAUCUCUGUGGAGUUAAAUGGUAUGGAGCUAACUAUGGAUAUGCAAUUCUCUGAAAUUCAAUCCCAGGAAAAUUUAACAAAUCAAAUGAGAAUUGCUAAAAGGUAUGGCCUGUGCCUAAGAAAGAACAUUUUAGAUCGACUAUACCAUGAUCGAUAUCAACAAUACCCACAAGAUCUUUAUCAUGCGAUAGCUAAAAAAAAAUCAAUAAAAUUACCAAAGUUUUGGUCAAAAUUACCGAAUUCUAUUACUUACCAGAAAAGUUUCAUGAUGUUAGACUCGUUUUACCUUGCUAUGCUAAUGUCAUAUAUUCUGAGUCACUUCCUAAGAAUUCAACAUAUCAAAGAAGGCAUGCUUAUUGAUCUUAUGAAUACAAUAGAGUAUCAACGUCAAGAACAGGUAUUAUAUUUUUGCCUUAAUGGUGGGCAAGAUAAACAUGUUCCAAAACUAAUUUAUGAUAUGAAUUGUUUUUUAUUAAAACAAAUACUCUCUAGUUGGUAUAUUGCAGAAUCACCUGAUCUAAUCAAUGAUGCAGAAGAUAAAGUGAAUGGAGAUUCGAAAGAGAGCUUUAAUGAUCAGAACCUUAACAAUAACAACAACAAUCUUGACUUAGAUUUAUAUAAAGCUUAUUGUGAAGAAUUUGGAAUACUCACUGCUUUAAAUACGUAUAAGGUUUCGUUUUUUGAGCAUAUUAAUUAUAUUGUUGUAAAGGACGAUGAUGAGUUUUUAGCAAAGGAUAAUAAAGCCAAUUGUCGCAUUAAGGUCCGAGUUGGGGAUGUAGUGGAGUUAAAAGAAAUUAGCGAUCCUGACAAUAUCUCAUUUGUAUUGGUCAAGGUGAUUAUCAUACACCAAGCAAAUAAUGGCAAAGUUUAUGCAUUUUUUAUUUUUGAUUGGUUUGAUGACCUAAAAAAAAUGCACCCAAUAUUAGAAUAUGCACAAUUUCGACUUCAGUAUGCAAAUAAUUUUCAAUGGGCACAUUUUCACUAUCUCGAUGUUGACUAUUAG